UUCAACCUCACCACAAAUCGUUAGAACAGAUAGAUGGUUGCGGCUGCGAGGAGACGGCGAAUCGUUGCUGGUAAUUGCCGACUGAUAUUUUGGGGUUCAUACAAAAGAUAAACAUGGGCUGCCUAAUGAUAUGGAGGUAGUAGACAUCUUUUUGCUGGAAUUUUUCUGUGCAAUUUGUUAGCUGGGUAUUCUUCGGUAUGGUUUUCGGUUUAUAAAAAUCAUUUAUUUAUUUAUUUUUGUUCAUUAUACUUGAGAAUUACUGCCUUCCACUGGUGUAGUUAGUAGGAUUGAGCUUGUUCUGAGGAUGAGCGGAUGGAUGGAUUCUGCCAAAAAGCUUUGCAUAACCUUAAAAGCAAAUACAGAACUAGAAAUUCAAAGCAUUGCAAUGGCUAUGUUAAAGCUACCAGUACCAAUUAGUAGCCUUGCUCCUGUCAAAUUCACGCCAUUUCUAUCGAAGUCCAAUGAAUUGGCUUCUCCUCUCCUGGACCCAAUGAAGCUCUUGAAAGUGGCUGCAGAUGCCAAAAACUUAAAAUUUGGUAGAGUAAUCCAUGCCCAUUUGGUCAUUACCAAUCGCAUCCCUAGAGACUGCAGGGUAAACCAAAUUAAUUCUCUUAUUAAUUUGUAUGUGAAAUGUGAUGAACUAUUCAUUGCUCGGCAGAUGUUCGAUAGAAUGUCGAAAAGAAAUGUGGUUUCUUGGUGUGCUUUAAUGGCUGGGUAUAUGCAAAAUGGGAGUCCCUUGGAUGUUUUUGAGCUGUUCAAAAAGAUGAUAGUGAAGGAUAAUAUUUUCCCCAAUGAAUAUGUGAUUGCCACUGUUAUAUCUUCUUGUUUUGAUAGUCAAAUGUAUGUAGAGGGGAAGCAGUGUCAUGGAUUUUCCUUAAAGUCUGGAUUGGAGCUUCAUCAAUAUGUUAAGAAUGCUCUUAUUCAGAUGUACUCUAAAUGUUCAGAUGUAAGAGCAGCAUUGAAGAUAUUAGAUACUGUGCCAGGUUAUGACGUAUUUUGUUAUAAUUUGGUUCUAAAUGGGCUUCUAGAGCAUUCACAUGUGGGAGAAGCUAUAGAAGUUCUGAAGUUAAUGAUUGAUGAAGGCACAAAAUGGAAUAACGCCACUUUUGUUACGAUUUUUCGCAUUUGUGCUAGUCUUAAAGAUUUAAAAUUAGGUAAGCAUGUUCAUGCUCGAAUGUUGAAAAGCGAUAUUGACGACGAUGUCUAUAUCGGAAGUUCUAUCAUUGAUAUGUAUGGGAAAUGUGGUAAUGUGUUGAGUGGAAGAGCCUUUUUUGAUCAGUUGCAAAACCGAAAUGUUGUUUCUUGGACAGCAAUCAUGGCAGCUUAUUUUCAGAAUGGAUUCUUUGAAGAAGCAUUGAAUCUGUUUUCAAAGAUGGAAAUUGAUCAUAUUCCUCCUAAUGAAUAUACACUGGCUGUGUUGUUAAACUCUGCUGCAGGUUUGUCCGCACUAAGCCAUGGUGAUCAGUUACAUGCUCGUGCCGAGAAAUCAGGUCUCAAGGGCAAUGUUAUAGUAGGGAAUGCCUUGAUCAUAAUGUAUUCCAAGAGUGGGGACAUUUUAGCAGCACAACUCGUGUUCUCAAAUAUGAAGUGUUGUGAUUCCAUUACCUGGAAUGCGAUAAUAACUGGUCACUCUCACCAUUGUAUCGGUAAGGAAGCGUUGAACAUAUUCCACGACAUGUUGACUGCUCGAGAAUGUCCAAAUUAUGUGACCUUUAUUGGUGUUCUUUCUGCUUGUGCCCAUUUAAGUUUGGUAGAUGAAGGAUUGUACUAUUUUAAUCAUUUGAUGAAACAAUUGGGUAUUGUUCCUGGGUUGGAACACUAUACCUGCAUUGUUGGACUUCUAAGUAGAUCUGGACGACUCGAUGAAGCUGAGAAUUUUAUGAGGUCGAAUCCAAUCAAUUGGGAUGUUGUUGCAUGGCGCACCCUUCUCAAUGCUUGUUAUGUUCAUAGAAAUUAUGAUAAAGGGAAACAAAUAGCAGAGUACUUACUACAGAUGGAUCAUGAGGAUGUAGGUUCUUAUAUUUUAUUAUCAAACAUGCAUGCGAGAGUUAGGAGAUGGGAUGGUGUCGUUAAGGUAAGAAAAUUGAUGAGAGAAAGAAAUGUGAAGAAAGAACCUGGAGUGAGCUGGUUAGAAAUAAGAAAUAUUGCCCAUGUUUUUACAUCCGAAGAUAAUAAACACCCCGAGUCGAGUCAGAUUUAUGAAAUGAUAAGGGACUUGUUAACCAAGAUUCGACCAUUGGGUUAUGUUCCUGAUAUUGCUGGUGUAUUGCACGAUAUUGAGGAUGAGCAAAAGAUCGACAAUCUUAGCUAUCAUAGCGAGAAGCUUGCCGUAGCAUAUGGCCUGAUGAAAUCACCAUCAGGUGCACCGAUUCGGGUGAUCAAGAACCUUAGGAUGUGCGAUGAUUGUCACACUGCUAUCAAACUUAUUUCAAAGGUUGCAAAUAGGACUAUAAUUGUUAGAGAUGCCAACCGUUUCCAUCAUUUUCAAGAUGGUUUUUGUUCGUGUGGAGAUUAUUGGUGAAAUUUUUGAUAAGUUUCUCAAUGAUUCUGUGGUAGCAUGAUGAUAAAACGUUUCGAGCCAUGAUUCUGUGGUAGCAGAGAUAUCAAUGUACUCUACUAUUUCAGGCUGGUAUUAGGCACACAUGACACAAGUUGAGCCGACUAGGUCUGCACGUCGGGUUUCUACUUUUCCAUUGGUUGCACAUGUAGCUAUUUGGUUGGGGUGACUCUAGAAAACUCGAUUAAUUGGAAGAUUACAUCUCUGCCUACAGUCUAUGGUGGGAUUGUGUGGAUUCCCUCCCACCAAAGAAAUACUUCAUUCUUACAACAGUGGCACGGCAGUUCAACCAAGAAAGGAAGUCCUUUGGGAGGAGGGUGAGGCUCAUCGACUAAGAGAGAAAAAAAGAUAGAUUGAUCUCUGGAUUUGCCUCCCUAUAAAAAGGUCGAAGAUUGGCUGCUUGAGGCUGUGAUGGGAGCCUGUUUUAGAGGCAAAGCUAAGAUCAUUGGGGCUGUGCGUUAAAGCUACUUUAUGGUUAACUUGAAAGGAGCAUAAUCUUCUUUUGGUUAUACAACGCUUGUUGGAAUGCAUAAUCUUAGUAUCUGAGGCUGAAUGUGCAGUAGCAGCAGGAGCAGGAGUUAUGAGCUGUUGGAAUGAUUUGGUUCAGUAGUUUAUGACAGUGUUUUCUGCUCUCAAAGAUUUCCAAUGCUUCAAAGCUAAAUCACUUCAUUCAUUCUAGCAGUGUGAGGAGGAAUCGCUACAUGAAACUUGGGAGAGGCUCAAAGAAUGCUUGCGAAACUGCCUGAAUCAUGGUAUUCAAAUACAGACCUUAUACAAUGGUUGCCAACACUUGAACGUUUGCUUCAAUUGAGGUAAUAAUUUAAUCUCUGAUGUAAGAAAUUUCAUCAAAUUAUACGUCGAGAGUUCCAUUAUUCAAC